UUCUGCGAGGCCGCCAUCAGGUCCCUGGGCUGCCGUUCGGGUCCCGCGGAAGCGUUUCGGCCGUGUAGGAUUCUCGGAAUAGGAGCCCAGCUGGCGCUGGGGCCGGCGCCAUGCCACUGCGGGUGGCAGUGGUGUGCUCGAGUAACCAGAACCGGAGCAUGGAGGCGCACAACAUCCUCAGCAAACGGGGCUUCAACGUCCGGUCCUUUGGAACGGGAACUCACGUGAAGCUUCCAGGACCCGCACCCGACAAGCCAAACGUUUACGAUUUCAAAACCACUUACGAUCAGAUGUACAACGAUCUUCUGCGGAAAGACAAAGAACUCUAUACACAGAAUGGCAUUUUACAUAUGUUGGACAGAAACAGGAGAAUCAAGCCCCGGCCAGAAAGGUUCCAGAGCUGCAAAGAUCUAUUCGAUCUGAUCCUCACCUGCGAAGAGAGGGUCUACGACCAGGUGGUGGAAGAUCUCAACUCGAGAGAACAGGAGACCUGCCAGCCGGUGCACGUGGUCAACGUGGACAUCCAGGACAACCCCGAGGAGGCCACCCUGGGAGCGUUCCUCAUCUGUGAGCUCUGCCAGUGCAUUCAGCACACCGAGGACAUGGAGAACGAGAUCGAGGAGCUGCUGCAGGAGUUCGAGGAGAAGAGCGGCAGGGCCUUCCUGCACACCGUGUGCUUCUAUUGAGACGCCCACCUGCCACCUGCCCUCUGAAGCCGUCUUCCCAGCUCUCCUUUGUUAAUACGUUUUUCUUUCCUGGUACUUGGUGGUUCCUUUUAGGUAUUCUGGUGGUGGACUGGGAGUAUUUUCCAUAGCAGUUUUAAAUAGGUAAUAGAAACCUAGAGAUAAAUGCCAGAUAGAAAGCAUUUUAGCCUUUCUGUCCCCCCUGUUGCUUCUGAGUGGGAUACAGAUGGGGAUUUAACUGAAAAGCAAAACAGUUCAUCGUGUGUUUUCCCCCCAACAUGUGUAUCUUUAGUUAUUCCCAGCUUUCCUUUUCCUUCUCUAAAUGGCUGGACUGUACACAUCCCUGAAUAAAGCAAUGUGCUGUGUCUUACUAGAAAA